UCAUAAGCCACAAUAUAAAGAGCUACCAAUCACCAACCAAAAUCAAUAUAAUCGUAUUAGCUAUUCUGGGAUCAAAAUGGUGAAGAUUGCAAUUGGAAGUUUAGGUGAUUCCUUUAGCGUUGCGUCUCUAAAGGCUUACUUAUCUGAGUUUAUCGCAACUCUUCUCUUCGUGUUUGCCGGCGUUGGUUCUGCUAUUGCUUUUGGCAAACUAACAUCCAAUGCGGCCCUGGACCCAGCUGGUCUUGUCGCUGUGGCUGUGGCUCACGCCUUUGCUCUUUUCGUCGGUGUGUCCAUAGCCGCCAACAUCUCCGGUGGACACCUUAACCCAGCCGUGACUCUCGGCCUCGCAGUCGGCGGUAACAUCACUGUCAUCACCGGUUUCUUUUACUGGAUAGCUCAGUGCCUUGGCUCCAUCGUCGCUUGUCUCCUCCUAGCCUUCGUUACUAAUGGCGAGAGCGUACCGACCCAUGGAGUAGCAGCCGGUUUAGGAGCGGUUGAAGGAAUAGUGAUGGAGAUUGUGGUGACAUUUGCUCUGGUGUACACAGUUUACGCCACCGCAGCUGAUCCGAAGAAGGGAUCGCUUGGAACCAUUGCUCCUAUUGCCAUUGGUUUCAUCGUUGGUGCCAACAUCCUUGCCGCCGGUCCAUUCAGCGGAGGCUCUAUGAACCCCGCCAGGUCAUUUGGACCAGCUGUUGUUAGUGGUGACUUCUCUCAGAUAUGGAUCUACUGGGUAGGCCCACUUGUCGGUGGUGCACUAGCUGGACUCAUCUACGGUGACGUCUUCAUCGGAUCCUACGCACCGGCUCCGACCACAGAAAGCUACCCUUGAUCACUCCUCUACGCUUUUAAUUUGUUUGGCUUCUUAAGCCACAGUAUUGGCUUUGUUGUUGUUGUUGUUGUGUGGAAUGGUCCAGUUUCUUUCCAAUAUCAUUUGAAUGUGGUUGUCAGUUAAUAACAAAAUAUGUAUAUUUUCAGUUUCUUUAAAAGUGAUCACCGACCGGAAGUUAUUGAAAAACUCUAUUUGAUAUGCUC